AUGGCCGCACCACGACAAGUCGGCGUGAACAUUCCACGCUUCAUGAACCCACGCCUCGGCGUCGGGCCGGAGGAAAUAUCAAACUACUAUGGAAAUUGGAGUUUCUCCGGCACUCACUUUCCCUGUGAACUCUGUGGUAAGGUAUUUUUGAGCGAAAUGGACUUGUUGAAUCAUCUGGAGGGACGGCAUCAAGACGUUGAUUCGCCAGCCAGUGAAGAUCCGAGCGCCAUCAUCGCCAAGUACAUGAAAGAUAAUCCAUCCGGUGGAACCUCACCUGUCUACGUCAAGUGUGACUUUUGCACUCACUCCAAAGUUUACAACACCGCCUCCGCACUCUUCGCGCAUAUUCGCCUAAAACAUCCCACCGAGGACGCUGCCUUUCAAGUAGAUCGACUUAUUAAUUUGCAGAAGGAUGAGAAGCUAUUCAUCUGCAAAAUCUGUUAUCGCGCAUUCAACACACAGGAGUCGUUGGACUGCCAUUCGACCACUAAGCAUCGGAAUAUGGGGCCAAAUGGGAUCCCCAAAGAGAACCCCUCGCUUAGUUACGGUACCUCCGUUCUAGCCCCCGUAACCGACAAAAAUCGCUGGUGGUGCGACACGUGUGAGCGCGGGUUCAGCAGGGCGGUCUCCCUACACGGCCACAUGGUUCAAAAGCACCAGAUGCCCACACAGUCCCACCCGUGCCCAGCUUGCAAACGCAUAUUCGCCGAUCUGUAUGGCCUAGAUGAUCACUUCACCGCACAACACAAAGGAGUCUCAUUGGUGGACCUUGGGAUCGAAACGCAUGUGGAGUGCAAGGACUGUGGCCGCAACUUUAUUAACCAUGAGGAAUUGCAUCUGCAUUCGAUCCGGCAUCACAAAAAAGAUCCUCGGAAGCCGGUGCGUCUCUUUGAUGGCUCUAAAAGUGCAUCAUUUGUGGGCAAUGCCUCACAAUCUACGGUACAGGUCCCCGUUGUCAAUACGACGACAACGGUGAAUUCAGAUCUUCAAUCAUCAGACACUCAGAAAAAGAUUGUGGCCCCUCAGGUACCACGAAAAAUAAUGCGCAAGAAAUAG